GCGCUCAACCUCAGGGACUUUUGAGAAUUAAUUGCAGUUUUGGAAGUUUUUCCCAUUUUUAAACCUGCCUGAAUCAGCAAAAUGCCUGCUCCGGUUCCAGAACUGUGGAACUACAUCCCAGAAGAAAUCCUCAUCCAAAUUUUCUAUUAUCUUUCUCUUCGAGAUAGAUACACAGUCUUCCAGGUGUGCAGACAGUGGGCUACAGCUGUUUCUUCUAGCUCUGUUUGGCAUUUCACAGAGAUCAGCUGUGAUUCAGAGGAUGAGGAAGGCAUGCUGCAGAGCCUGCUCCAGUUCCUCAGCCAAAUCAAACACCUGAAGAUUGUGUUUGACCAGUCCAAGGAGGUCAACCGGAAGAAUGUGACCCGCAUCUUGGAUGUGUUGGCCAAACAGAACCACAAACUGCAGCGGCUGUGCAUUGUGUGCCAUGGGGAGAACCCCUAUUUCUACUCUGGCCAGGACAUCCUACAGAGCAUACGGAAUAUAUGUGACACUAAAAACCAGAUAGAUCUUCGGCAUAUUGAUUUUCGAAAAAUGCCCUUCACUCUCGAUGGUGAGCUCGUUGAACUCUUAGCUACCACCAACCCAAACUUGCACAGUUUGUUCAUCAACAACCGCACCCUGGUGUGCAACGUGGCGCCAGACACCAUAAGGAAAGUUCUCAGAGCAUGUCCCAAACUCUCAGCGCUGGGGGUUUACUAUGCCAGUUUGUCUGAUGAUGUAUUUCAGGAACUGCUCAAGCCCGAAAGAGCAGCUUUCACCCAUUUAGACAUUUUCUGUGAGCGCCUGGACAAAUACAUACCAGUCAUCUCAGAAGAGCUCUGGGCUGCUGUAAGUCAAAAGCAUCCUCAACUCUGUGUAGACCUCGAGUUUGAUCAUACGGUCCCUGCCUGCAAAAUCCCAGGGAUCCUAAAGCUGAAUAUACCUGUGAGCACACUGCAACUUAAUACCUAUAACUACAUGGUAAAUCAGAUUAGGUUUGUCACCCAGAGCUACAGCAGUACUUUAAAGAAGCUGAUGCUGCAAACCACGUCCUCGGAGGACUUGAAUUCUUCGCUAGUAGAUCUGGCCAGGCAGUGCAGAAAUCUGUUGGAGAUCCACUGCUACUGUGUGGUCAGCCAGGAGGUGGUAGAAGCGUUCCUCACGCACUGCCCCAGUCUGAAACAAUACACUCUGAAGGUCACCAAGGAACGGCACCCCUGGAAACCAGUACCAGUUCAGUGACCGGCUCCUACUGACUUCUGGGGAAAUCGUGGGGAUCUGCAAGAGGACAGGGAAAGGAGAUGUGGGGCGAUAAGGAAAACGCUGCAAGACACCCUCUGCUCUCACUGAGAACAUGCUGUUUCACCGGCACUGGCUGUUACAUAUGAUGCAUACCUGUUCUGCAGACCAAGCAUUUGUACUCAAAUGUGAUAGAGAAAGGGUUAUACAGAGAAACAGAAUUGCCUUUUUUUCUCUUUUUUCGUUUUCUUUCUCUCUUUCUUUAUUGGCUUAUGGGGGGGCAGGUCUUCUCUGCUUUUUUAUUUAACGGUAGCAGGAAUGCCACGUUUGCCCUUCGUGGGUUUUUACUGAGGACCUCAGCAAAAUUUAAUUUUGAUUUUACGUUUUCAAAGCACCUCACAGUCAAACACACUGUGUCGGGUGCCCAGCAGCUACUUAAAUAGUUAAGAAAGUGGCAGCUUCAAUGCAGCCAUUUUCUGCCCAGCGGAGUACCUCGCCAUGCAGAUUCAGCGAGCUGUACUUACCAGCUGUGGUCCUCUGAUGGAAUAGCCACUUUAACCUUGGUAAUUCCUCUUUCAGCAUUUCAGUGAUGAUGAGCUCAGCCGUUAUUCAGCUGUCAGGUAGCUUCCAGCUUGGAGAGGUAUAACAGGAGCUGAAUUAUGUUAGGAAAUACACUCAGGAGAAAAAACACUUAAGAAAAAAUACUGAAAAGGUGUUAAUAAAAGGCAUGUUGCCUGGAAAUUCCCUUCUCCAUCCUGUCUUUCUGUUGCUCGUGAAUGCAGAUUUCCAGGUUAUAAUUCGAAUGCCUUUUGCAGAGACCUUUGCUUUCAUUACAUUGUUAGCGUUUCUUAGGAGAAUCAAGAGUGUUAAGAGGUUUUUGCAUCUGAUGAUCUGCAUUCACAUGCAAGUUACCAUUCAUCUGAAUUAGGAUAUGUGUGCGUUCGUCUGUUGUACCAAAGGUUUUGGUGAAUGUUAUUUGAAGAGCAGUUUCUGAGUUGAAAUGAUCCUGGCAGAAAGCGAGCACCUAUUUAAAGUUAUCUAAAGCAUUGAUAACAACAACA